GUGGUGGGGGGUUUUAGGGUUUAUUAGGAACAAGGGUUUAUUAGGAACCAUGUUGCAAGGGUUUAUUAGGAACCACGCAGCUGCUGAUCUGAAAUGAACACAUAACAUGAUGGUCCCACGUGGAGGACGUGGUGAUGGCCCGGGCUGGUGGGGAGGAAGGAGGAACCUGCAGCUCUCCCCUCCCGUUAUCAGCGCAGCCCCAGCACAUCCCUGCUCCUUAUCAGCCCUGGCAGAGCUGUGUCCCGCGGCGCUGAGCCUCUGUACAUCCUGCCCCCUACGCUAUAGGGGCCAGCCCCUCUGCUGGAGUCUGCACGUAAAGCCGGGCACACCGGGCACGCCGUUAGAUGUGAGCGGACAGAACAGCUGUGGCGGGCACGGCGAGGAGAGGCGAUGCUGGACCUCGUCAUCCUGAGCCUCCACUUCUUCCUCUGCUUCCUCAUCUCCCUCGCGAUCUGGCGCCGACGUGAGGAUGUGGCUUUGCACGGCUCAAGUACAGGAACAGUUGAAACGGGGCCAGAUGGCCUUAUAUUAAUCGGCAAAGAAGAUGACAUAAAGAAGUCUGGAAGAGUAACAGCCAAGGUCGAUGGCAGAGAAGUUGUUGUUUUCUACCAUGAAGGGAAAUUUCAUGCUAUGGACUCUCGCUGCUACCAUGAAGGAGGCGCUUUACGUCUGGGAGACAUUGAGGAUAUCGAUGGCCAAGCAUGUAUUGUUUGUCCUUGGCAUAAGUACGUAAUUACUUUGGAAACAGGAGAAGGAUUAUAUGAAGGAGUAGAUCCUUUGGAGCCAUCACCAACACCACAGUGGCGAUCAAAAGGGGUCAAACAAAGGAUCCACAAAGUCACGGUAGACAGUGGGAAUGUUUAUGUGAGCCCUCCAGAUUUCUCUGUGAAAUUCGACUCUGAUUAUUUCGCUGAAAAGUACAGAAAGAAUGAAUUAAAUUUGGAAAAAAUGUGCAACUCAAAACCAGCCAAGUAAGUUGUGGCCAGAAAGCUGAACGCUGGUGAAUGCCCCAAAGAAGAAACAUUGUCGUGAGAUAAAAAACAUGCCAUGGCCAUAAAGAUUGUCUCCAGAUUAAAUUCUGGUGUUAACGUUGUGUUAAAACACUGAAACACGUAGGACUGGGUAAGAUAAGAAGCUCUGCUUUGUCAGAAAUGUGAUUGAUCUUGUGCCAAUGAAAUUUUUAUUUGCACUUGCAUGUCAAAAAGAAUUAUUUACAGCAGAGUGCUUCAUAGUACUUGAUAUUUUAGAAAUCUUAUUUUGAUAGUAUUGUUUUAAUUUUUCAGAGGGGAUAUAGUAUAUUACUACUUAAACAUGUUACAUAGUUUAAGUUAAAUAGUCAGGUGUAAAGGUUAUGUUUAUAUAUACUCAACAGUUUAUACUUAUGAUGCCUUUGGAAUGACAUGGAAAUUUUUAAUCUUUUAGAUACCUGAGCAAUCUCUGGAUGUUUAAUAAGUGUCACAAAGAAAAGUACAAAACUUGAGUGUAUUUAAUGAGCUUUUUUAUGCCUCUUUGUCUAUUACUACUGUGAUUCCAUAGAAGUAUUCAUUUUCCUAAUCCCCAGUGAACUCCUUUUGGUAGUUCACCAAAUAAAUGUGACACGCAUUUGUCAUUUAUGGCUUGUUCUUCCUGAUUCUGUUGGACAAGAAAGAAGCUAUUUGGUAUAAAAACCUGAUACAUAA